GAGGCACCGCCUCAUACUACAUCAUUAAUUAGCUCUCGAUUCUAUUUCACUUUUCCGCAUUUCAUUUCAAUCCAAAUCUCAGAGAUGAACAGAUUGGAGCAGAUGAAGAGAGAAGUCACAAUCGCCUCCCGCCAUGGACCGCCGUUGACCGAUCUUCUUCAUAUCGCUCUCACUUUGAUGAUUUUCAAUGGAUCGCACCAAUACAUAUCUGAUCAAAGAAACAAAUGGAGCCUCAAAAGAUGGAGAAUCUGGAAACAGCCUGAACUGCUUCCUUGAACUUCCUGAAGAUGUAAUUGCUAACAUCCUUCAUCGAUUGGGCGCUUAUGAAAUUCUGAAAAAUGCUCAAAGAGUUUGUUCUUUGUGGAGAAAAAUCUGCAAAGAUCCUUCCAUGUGGCGUUUCGUUGAUAUGAGACAUCUGGUUCGCUACGGGUACUUUGAUGAUGUGUGCAACAAAGACCUUGAAACCAUGUGUCGUCAGGCGGUAGAUAUGAGCCAAGGACAAUUGACUGAACUUCACAUUGAUCAUUUUGCUACAGAUCAACUGCUCCAUUACAUCUCUGAGAGGUCAAGUAAGCUACAGUCCCUUCAAAUCAGGGGUUGUGAUGAAGUAGGGUAUGGUUUCAUUGAAGCGGCUAAAAAUUUUCCUCUACUUGAAGAACUUCACUUUGUGUACGUCUUAUGUGUUCGCGAUUACAUUGAAGCCAUUGGUCAGUCCUGCCCAAAGUUGAAGUCCUUCACGUUGAGCUCGUCAGACUACAGAGACGGUCUUCUGUAUGGAUAUGGUGAAUGCAACAACAAUUUUGAAGCACUAGCAAUUGCAAAAACCAUGCCUGGUUUGCAUCACCUCCGACUCGUGGGAAAUAAUAUGACAAAUGAGGGCCUGCAAGCCAUUCUUGAUGGGUGUCCUAAUCUUGAGUCUCUGGACAUACGGAGAUGUUACAGAGUGAAUCUGCGCGGAGAGAUUGGCGAUAGAAUCACUGAAAAGAUAAAAGAUUUCAAAUGCCCGAAUGAUCCAGUGAAAUGCGGUUCUGAUUGGGAUGCUGAUCCUUUUUAUGAUGAAGAUUAUAGUGAUGAGUUUGAUGAUACCCCAUAUAUUGACUACUGACCUGAUGACUACUCGUUUUGUGACUCUGUAACUCUUCUUUGCAAGGCUUAGACGCUCUUUGGUGAUGAGUUUUGAAGCAUGCAAUGGAACGUAUUUGAUCCCAAAACUUAAUGUUUUUGUUUUUUUACCGAGGACUUAUUUUCCAUAUAUAAACCUUUCUAUGAGGUCACACUUUGAGUGUUCCAUUUUCAAUUUUACAAAAGGCAAAUCUGUGAACGAUUUGUCUGUAACUCUAGAACUAUCGCGAACAAAUGGUUUGUUUUUUA